AUGUCAUCAGAAGAACGACAAGCUCUCGUUGCAUCCCGUGGCGGAUACAAGUCAAAGUUCACCAGAGUGAAGAACACCGUUCACAAAUAUGAGAAGGAUGACACACUCCUGACCUUGCCUUCAGCACUCGCCGAGAUUGAUCGCAAUCUCGACCUGAUGCCUGCUCUCCGCAAUAACAUUGAAAGAAUUUCCGAGCGUAUUAUCUACCUUACAGAAGGCGCAGAGGAACAGAAGGUCGAAGAAGAGAGUCUCCAAUCACUACUGGAUGAAUUUGAUAUGUAUGAUGAGAAACUGAUUGAGUUGAGAAUCCAGGCAAAGGCAAAAGCCCCAUCUUCUGACAGUGUAGAAGGCAUGUUAAGCUAUAUCAACACCAAGCUUGACGAACAACAAAUUCAACAUGAGGUGGAAAAACGCAUGGCAGAAGAAAGGUUUAAAAUGACCCUGGAAUUCGAGCAAAAAAAGUAUGAGGUCACCCUCAACUUGCUGGUCACAGAAAACCAAUCAUUUCUUACAUCAAGCCCACGUUCCAGAGAUGCACCUUCACAUGCGAAAUUGGAACCAUUGACUGUUCCUGAUUUCAGCGGCAAAUACACAGAGUGGACAAGCUUCAAGGAGUUGUUUUUGGCCAUAAUUGACAGGAAUACAACUCUAACCGAUGCUCAUAAGUAUUACUAUCUGAUGAAACACCUGAAGGAUGAAGCCAAAAUGGUUGUUCAGAACAUACCAGCGUCUGCCAACAUCUACAGUGUUGCAUGGAAAAUAUUGAUGGACAAAUAUGACGAUAAGAUGAGCAUUGCAAUGAGUCACAUCAAGUCAUUCCUGAGCAUUCCAAAAAUAUCUGAACCAUCUGCUGAUGCUAUGAGACGUACUCACGUAACUAUGGAUUCCGCAAUUCAGGCUUUGGAUGCAUUGGACAUGAAAAAUCGAGAUAUUUGGUUGAUUUACAUUGCAUUGGAAAAGUUGGAUUCUGAAAGUAAAACUCUAUGGUCAAGAAGAUGCUAUAAGAAGAUUCCCACCUGGCAAGAAUUUGUCGAUUUUCUCAAUGAACGUUACAAGACGAUGGAAAUGGCCAAUCCCGGCAAACCCUUAUCGUCAAAGAGACAGGAGGUGAAGUCCAAACCGAAGUCAGCAUUAUCGGUAACCACUUCAUCCGGUCAGAAAAACUCGGAUAAUGCCACUCCAGGCAAUCUGUGCGCUUCCUGCGGGAAACCCAAUCAUCGCACAGUGAAGUGCUACAAGUUCAGAGGCCUAAAAGAUACCCAAAGGCUUGAAAUUGUGCAACGCGCCAAACUGUGUGUGAACUGUUUGGAUCCUGGGCAUCCAGUGGAAAGCUGUCAAUCGUCAGCAUGUAAGCAGUGUGGAGAAAAACACAGCACCUGGCUCCACCUGGCUUUUCAUCCCAAUAAUGCUCAGAUCCCACAGACAACAACCGUAGCUACUGUUCACCCAGAUCCACCAUCGCCUGCUCCAGUCACUACCGACACCGAUCAAACAUGUGGAUCAGCUACAAGAUUUACUCUGAAAUGCACCACUACAUCUUCCUUUCCCACUGUCUUACUGGCUACAGCAGUAAUCUGCGUUCGGAAUGAUGAAGGAGAACAAAUUCUGUGCAGAGCUGUAUUGGAUUCCGGUUCUCAAGCUAACAUUAUCACCGAGAAGAUAAGUCAGAUGCUGAAAUUGCCCAGAAGGAAGACCACUUGCACAUUGGAAGGAGUAGGGGGUCAUGAAGCUCCAUCAAAAUAUCAAACCAGUUUGAGUUUUGGCCCCAGAGGUUUCAAUAAAUGGACUGAGACGGAUUGCAUAAUCCAAGAGAAGAUCACUGGCAUUCAACCCUCAGCAAAAAUCCCUACUGAGUCACUUCCAAUUCCUCCGAAGUUGAUCAUGGCAGACCCACAAUGGAAUAAGCCCCAAGUCAUUGAUAUGCUAAUUGGCGGACAACAUUAUUGGGAUCUAAUCAUGGAUCAGACUAUUAAAUUGGGACCUGGAUUACCUAUCCUGAAGCGGAGUGUAUUUGGAUGGCUUGUGGUCGGAGAAGUCUCAUCUAGUCCAAUUACAACCAAAGUGUGCAAUCUCACAACCCUUGAGUCUAUUGAUCUCAGCCUCAAGCGGUUUUGGGAAAUUGAAGACGUGACUGGUCCCGCUAAACAGAGAAAGGAGGAAGAUGAAGAGGCAGAGAAGUUUUUUUCCGAUACUGUCACCAGAGAUCCUGAUACAGGCAGAUUUGUCGUGCAUCUUCCUUUUACGGACAAAGUGAAGGAACUGGAAAAUAACUACUCGAACGCUGCCAAACAACUUUACUUUCUCCAGAAAACGCUCAAAACCACACCAGGAAUGAGUGAUAAAUACCAGGAGGUAUUCGAUGAAUAUGAUCAACUCCACAUCACCGAAACCGUCCCAAAGGAAGAACAUUCAAAGAAGGCAUUCUACCUCCCUCAUCAUGGUGUUUACAAAGAAAGUUCCACUACCACGAAGCUUAGAGUUGUCUUUAAUGCCAGCUCCAAAAGCAAAUCCAAUGUCAGCCUCAACGAUACUUUGCUUACCGGUCCCGUAGUCCAGCCACCGCUCAUUGAAAUUCUCUGGCGUUUCCGACAACACAGAUAUGCUCUUACAGGAGACAUCACCAAAAUGUACCUGCAAUUUUUGGUAACUCCUGAGCAUAGAGAUUUUCACCGAUUUCUGUGGAGGAAUCUUCACACAGGAGAACUGGAGCAUCGCCGCUUUAGAACUGUGGUUUUUGGUGUUGCCUGUUCACCAUAUCUGGCAACACGGUCUUUGGUUCAAUUAGCCAUGGAGGAUGGAGACAAAUUUCCGGAAGCUCAGAGGGCAGUGAGGUCUUCCUUUUAUGUAGAUGAUUGUCUGAUCUCUGCACAAACAAUUAAGGAACUUCAGCUAAUAAAAGAUCAACUCACAGAUCUUCUUCAGUGCGCAAGCCUUCAAUUGUCAAAGUGGACAUCUAAUGCGCCUGAGCUUUCUGGAGAUGGAACCAUUAAAGAUGUCGGAGCCAACCAAGAAACAGCCAGCGAGCCCGUGAAGGCUCUUGGACUCUAUUGGGAUCCCGCUACUGAUGAGUUCAGCUUCAAAGUGUCAUGUGACAUUGAUGGGGUUCCAACAAAACGACAACUGCUUUCAGUUAUUGCGAGGCUCUUUGAUCCUAUGGGAACACUCGGUCCGAUUGUGGUAAAUGCAAAGUGUCUUAUGCAGACUUUAUGGAAGCUUCAGUGCGAUUGGGAUACGCCACUACCUGAGUCAGUGGUGGAUGAAUGGCUUUCGUUUUUGGAAUCUUUGAGAGAUAUCCCAAAAAUCAGAAUCCCACGUUAUGUCUCGGAAUUCUCCAAGGUCGCUAAAUGGGAGGUUCAUGUUUUCACUGAUGCAAGCAAGAGGGCUUAUGGUGCCACGAUUUAUAUAGUCACAGAGGAUUCUUCUGGGAAUCGUUACUCGUGCCUCCUAACAGCCAAAUCUCGUGUCGCACCAGUGAAAUUGGCAACCAUUCCCAAACUGGAACUUAAUGCUGCCGAAUUGGGUUCGAGACUUGUGAAAUCGGUACGUGAAUCACUCAAAUGCAUGGAUUAUUAUUGCUGGACAGAUGCCACCGUCGUAUUGUGCCAGAUACGAUCACCAAACAACCGAGAAGCGUUCGUGAAAAAUCGUUUGAAAAUUAUCUUGGAACACACUUCUGCGGAAAGGUGGCGUCAUGUGCCCACGGCACAAAACCCAGCUGACCUGAUUUCGAGGGGGACAACAGCGGAGUACUUGAGCCAAUCAUCAUUGUGGUGGAAUGGGCCGAAGUGGCUCCUGGAUCCUCCUGACAAUUGGCCUAGUCAGGAAGUUGUACUGGAGCAGAAAAGCACCUUGGCAGUCACUAUCCAGUGGCCAACUCCACGUGAGUACCUUCUUAAUAGAUCUAAUUCCUUUUCAUUUAUUCGAAGAGUUAUGGCAUGGGUGAAACGCUUCAUCACGAUCUUCAAGAACAAAUAUGGACGUCCCUCAUUGCAUACUCAACCCGUUUUCACUGGACCAUUACAAGCUGUAGAAAUCAAGCAAGCAGAAGUUACCCUCGUUAAGCUUGAACAGCUUGAAUUUUUGGCCGAGGACAUCAGGACGUUAUCUGGCAGAAAACAGAAGGAGCUCUCUAAGCCAUUGCGCCACCUAGGCGCAUUCUUGGAUUCAGAUGGAUUGAUGCGUGCAAGUGGACGGCUCGACAAUGCAGAUCUUGAAGAAGAUGUCAAAAAACCAGUCAUUUUUCCUAGCGGACCGCUAGCGAAACGAUUAGUGUAUCACACCCAUCAUCAGUUAGCACAUGCUGGACCUACCCACAUGCUUGCUGAAUUAAGGAGGAGAUAUUGGCCACUUUUUGGGAGACGUGUGUUGCAAAAUAUCUACAAAGGCUGCGUCCUGUGCUCCAAACGCAAACCCCAUCCUUGUCAACAACAAAUGGGACCCCUACCGUCUCCGAGAGUCAACUUUACCAGGCCAUUUGAGUCCGUAGGAAUCGAUUUUGCUGGUCCAAUUUUGAUAAAGGCAAAUCGUCUUCGUAGAUCUCCCACCAUCAAGACCUAUGUCGCUGUUUAUGUAUGCCUCGCUGUCAAGGCUCUUCACUUGGAAAUCGUCAGCGAGCUCAGCACUGAGGCAUUCUUGGCAUCCUUCCGGAGAUUUGUGGCCAGGAGAGGGACUCCAAAAAUCGUCUAUUCCGACAAUGGAACCAAUUUUGUCGGUGCAGCCAAUGUUCUGGGAAAGUUUCUCUCGGAAAGUACCAAUCAAAACGCCAUCAUCGAUGCGACCUCUGGGGAUGGGAUCACAUGGCAGUUUAUGCCACCUCGAUCACCUCAUUGGGGUGGAUUGUGGGAGGCUGCGGUGAAAGCGCUGAAAUACCACUUCACCAGAGUUAUUGGGCCAAUAGCACUCACAUACGAGGAGCUCGCAACCGUAGUUACUCAAAUUGAGGGUGUAUUGAACAGUAGGCCUUUGACAGCGAUUCCUAGUACUACCCCUGAGCCUACUAUCCUUACUCCGGCGCAUUUUCUGCUGACGACUCCAAUAACAGGUCUUCCGGAAUGGAACUUGAAAGAGAUUCCCCAUCUGAAUCGUUGGCAAAUGAUCCAAAAAAUCUAUCAAGACCUCAGCGCGAGAUGGAAGAGAGAAUAUCUGGUCUCACUGCAGCGCAGAACUAAGUGGACAAAGGAAAUCACCAAUAUUCAACCUGGCGAUGUUGUCUUGUUGCUCAAUGAGUGCACACCAGGAACAUCUUGGCCACUGGCAGUGGUCACUCAAGUGCACCCUGGACAAGACGGGAAAGUGCGACUCAUCACCGUCAGGACGAUGAAGGGAUCCUACCAACGAACUGUGCAAAAUGUGGCCAGACUUCCUAUCGCAACUCAGGACACCGAGAAUGAGGAAAUUGCCAGCUUUUUUCCUGGGGAGUGUGUUGGCGCCAACACAGGAAAAGGCGCCAAUUUAGGUCAGCGCCCCAAGUCGCCAGUGGCGGGUUCUCCAAACUCAUCCGAAUGA